GCCGGUCGAAGCCAAUUUGGCAUUGAAAGUGGUAGAAUCAUACGGAGGAAUCGAAAGGGUGGAGCAGUACUUGGUGGCGACAAAGCACUACCACGAUCUCGAUUUUUCUGCAUGGUGGGCGACCUGUAAGUCGGAAAGGCAGGAACAAAGCAGAAAAACCACAUCGGGCGGGAAG